AGCAGUCGUGAAAAUUAGUGAAGGUCAGGCAGGAAUUGGAAAUUUAUAACUGGCCAUCCCUCUCGAGAAAAUAUGGAAGAAGGAAGCACAUAAUCGAGCAAAGAGUUGCACUCUAGCCGCGGGGAAGACCACUUUGAGGUGAGGGGUGGCAAGCGGUUUCAUUUUUGGGAUUUCCAAAUCAAAUAAUGUGUGAGUGUGAUCGCCAUAGCUAAGCCAUCAAAAUUAUUCAUUCGAUAGUAUGAAAGCAGAAAAACCAUGAGCAAAGAGGAGGGCAAUAAACGGAGCUCGGAUAAUCCAUGGGCCCAGACGAACGGCUAUGGCCAUGGGAUGGAGGAACAGGACCCCAAGUUAUGGGCAAUCGUACUUUUUGGAUUAAUUGGAGCCACGUUCACCACUUUGGUUUUUACCUCAUUGCGAAGGCUAGGUGAUGCGGUGAACCCUCAGAAAUUCAAUACAUCUCGAUCAUCAUGGAAGAAAGAGCAUUCUUUUCGAACAAGUUUUCAAGAGGAUGCUCGGAAAAAGUAUUAUCGUCGUUUGCAAGAAGAAUAUGAAGAAGAAAUGGAGAGAGUGGAAAGAAUUCGGAGAAUGCAAAGCAUCUUCAAUCGAGAGAGAAAUAAAAUAAAAUGGAGUUAUGAGCGUUGGCGUGAAAAUGAUCAAGGCUCAGAUCAUCAGCAUUUUCAGAGCAAUGAUUGGUAUUGGCAGUCAGACGCCUAUUUUAGAGCUUAUGAUCAUAAUUUUAGAGAUACACAUAGGACCAAUGCAAGUGCUCCAUUAUCGCAUCACUACUCUGUUCUUGGUCUUGAUAGGUUGAGGACAAAACCCUACACUGAUGAUGAGAUAAAGUCUGCUUUCAGAAAAAAAGCUAAAGAAUUUCACCCAGACCAGAAUCGGGACAACAAAGAGUCUGCUGAAGAAAAAUUCAAGGAAAUUAUGGUGUCCUAUGAGGCUAUCAAGUCAGAAAGAAUGAACAAGAGUUUCUAGUAAAUGAGCAUGAGGAAGUCCAUUAAAUCUUGUGUGGAAGCUGCUUUGCCUUAACUUUGGUGUUGACUUCCUUGCUAACCUCGGAACCCUGUUGGGAAUGGAUCUUACAGCUCGACUCACCUUCAAUGCACUAUUGGGUGUUAUCCUGACUUAGGCUUUCUGUCUCUUCGUUGUUAGCUUUAGUGUUUCACUUUAUGUUUCUAUCUAUAUUCUUAUGUUUGUGUUUAGGAUUAUCAUGAUAUAUUUUGAUGUGAUAUUCUAUGGCA